UUGACACAACCUGGACUGUCAGCUAGACAAUAAGAAAAAAAUUAAAACUACGAGAUCACGAUAAAUUAUUUUUGAUGGUGAUAUGUACUGUUUCAAUUAUAGUUCACCAUUUAGCAAAGGGCUAACUAGACAUUAUGCUAAUUCAAUACUGCACACAGCGAGAUAUUCAAAACUGGCAAAGAGCCAAGCAAAAUAGCUAGCAUUUUGUAUGGAAGAAAACUGAGGAGUGAGGCCAUAGGGCGGAAACAGUCUGUUUCACAGUCUCUUUAGCCUGAAUGUUGGCCAGUUCUGCGACACGAUCAUUUUAUUAGCCUUAUGAGAGAAAACUUCAUAUGAAUAGCAAUCGUCUGUUAUCUGUGCUUUUUGGAUUUUCCUUUUCCAAUUUUAUACAUGCGCAAUGGACAUGAUUGUUACUAAGAAGAUGAUUGUAUGCAUUUCAGAUUUCUUCUGAGAAAAGCUGUUUCUUAAGGUGCUAUUUGUAACAUUGACCCGAAGAAUGGUUACAGUACCUGAAAUAUUUAUAAUGAUAUUUUUAAAGCACAGUGGUGAAGAAAAUGUUCUCUUCUGCUCUAAUAGCUAUUGUUGAAUACUACUGAUCAUCGAACAGAACUGGAAAUAAGUCGACUGCUGGUUUGGAAAAGAUCUUAAAAGUUGUCUUCUGUGUCUGUUACUAUACCUAGAAAGUAUUUCCAUUAAUGAAUUAAGUAAAAUAUAUUUAUAGUCUGUACAGAUACAUUACCUGAAGAAGCCUGUUCAUUAACCUUGUUCUCGACACAUGGGACUAUUUUUGACUUGACAUCUGCUAAAAGAAAAUAUUCUGGAUCUGUUAGAAUGCUGCUAGAAGCACAUUUACCAGUGCUUGACCUGCUUAGCCAAAACUGGAGUCAAUCAUCUUUGAGAAUGUUAGAAAACAAUCUUAAAAUCAAUAGUAAUGAAGAAAGUGGACAGCAGGUACCACAGAAGUUUGUUCCUAGGACUAAUUCCAAGAGUAAUCCAAUGCAACAGACUCAAGGCACAGCUUUAGGUCAUUACAGUGAUGAAGCAAACAGUUCCAGUGAGUCAGAAAGCAGUUCAGAAUCUGACUCUGAGGUUGGAAUUUGCUCAAAUGACACCAGUAGCACAAUACCUUCACAUGUCACUACUUCUGAGUUGGGCCAGACCUCAAAUAGCAAGUGGCAACUUAACAAAUGGUUAAACAAAGUGAACACAGAGAAAAAUGACACCACCACUGUGAGCAAAAAUGGCAAGUAUGGGCUCAGCAACUAUCAGUUGCAACAGAAUGAGAACCAAAACAGGGUGAAAACUCCUUUACUCUGUCAAACAGAUUUCAAAGACCAAGAAAAUCAAACUCUUAAUGGAAAAAAACAAAGGCCUAGAAUGGCUCACAAAACUGUACGUGGUGAACAAAUGUUAUUGACUGAUAAUGAAUCUGCCUCUGAAAGAAAGGUAUUGGGCAAAGAGCAGUCCAAGAAGAUAGUGAAAAUGUCAAUUGAAGAUGAUCUCAGUUUGCUGAACUCAGAGAACCAAAGAAUGAUGUGUAAUGAAGGAGGAAGCCAAGACUUAAGUACAUUUAAACAGGACAAAAUCAAACCCACUUCCAACAAAACAGGGUCAAAAAGAGAACUGGAGACAAUGAAGCACAGGGAACUUGAUAAAAAUGUAUCUAAAUCUACAGAAUUUGUUGGCGCUGAAUGUUUAUCAUCCUCAACCUCAUCAGACUCAAGACUGGAUUCUGACAAUAAAGUGUGUCUUCAAACCAAAUAUCCACCAACUCCUGCUUCACAAGACAACCACAAAGUUCAUGAUUGCAGCAACACUCUCAGCCGAGUCAGGAGCUGUAGUGCUGUCAACUCUGUUACUGGGACUAUUAAUGAAUCAAACAAUGACUCAGAAGGGCAAUUGUUUGCUUUAGUUCCUUUUGGUCGAAAUGAACAACUUUCAUCUUUAAAAGACAAUGGAGACAAUGAGGAACUCAAGUCUCUCUGGGUAAAAAUAGACUUGAAACUUUUAUCAAGAAUUCCUGGACAGUUAUCCAAAGAGUCGCUAACCCAAAAAAAUGUUGCUGAGGGAAUUUGCAACAUCAGUGUCAAUAAAGGUAGUAGUUCUUCAAGGGAGAAACUAUCAACAAGAUCAGUAAGAAAACGCAAGUGUGAAAACAGAAAUGCUGACAAGAAAAGUAAAAAGAACCAUUUUAACAACAAACAUUUUAUUAUGGGACUACCCUCUACUGACAACUAUUCUGCAUCAAAUCAAAAAGCUAUUGUUAUCAAUGAGUUAUCCAAACAAACAAAUGGGACAGAAAAAAUAAUUCAUCCCUUUAUUUCACCAUUACCUGGCAUCUCUAAUCAGAAGUACCCUGAUGAAAACAACAUCACUGCUAGAGGAGGCAAUGAUACUGUUUCACCGAGCAAAUCCUCGUUACCCUUACCUUCCUUAAAUUGGAAAUCUGAGUCUAAACUACAGAGUUGCACUCAAGCCUCCAAUAAAGAUCUCCACAUUAACUCCAACAGCAAUCAACUUUGCAAUAGUCAAUUAUUUCAAACACCUCAAGAAAAUUCAUGGCGUGCGACAUCAAAAUGGCAAAAUGAGUCCUGCAGACCUCGGCUUGUUUUUGAUGACAACAGGCAGCAUAAUGCUGACUACUACAUGCAGGAGGCAAAGAGAAAGAAGCACAAAGCUGAUGCCAUGGUGGAUAAGUUUGGAAAGGCGGCGAAUUAUAUAGAUGCAGCAUUAUCUUUUAUUGAAUGUGGCAAUGAAAUGGAACGUGGACCACUUGAAGCCAAAUCUCCAUACAUGAUGUAUUCUGAAACAGUGGAACUCAUCAGAUAUGCCAUGAGACUGAAGAAUCAUUCAGAUGUAACAGCCACUCAAGCAGAUAAGCAGCUAGCUGCUUUGUGUUACCGCUGUUUGGCACUUCUUUACUGGAGGAUGUUCAGACUUAAGAGGGACAGUGCAGUUAAAUAUUCGAAAGCCCUGAUCGACUAUUUCAAGUGUAACAGAAAAGAAGUGCUAACCAGUGGUAUUGCACAUACUAAUGUGCAUCAGAAGGAAUUGAGCGCACAUCAGUACUGCAGUCGUCCACUUAAACUCAAAUGUACUCAUCAUUGCUGCAAUUUUGGGAAAAAACAGGACUCUGGUGAAACUGCUAAAAGUUCAAACCUUUGGGGAACCAGUGACAAGUUUAUAAGAACAUCUACACCAAUGGUAUCUACAUCCUCCCUUGUUAGUUCAGCUGGAUUGCUUGAGAGCAGUUCCAGUAACCGUGGAUCAUCCCCCUCUUCAACCAUUAACAUUCCACAGCGUAUCCAUCAGUUGGCUGCUAACCAUGUUAACAUCACCAACAGCAUUCUCUACAGCUAUGACUACUGGGAAAUGGCUGAUAAGUUGACCAAGGAGAACAAAGAAUUCUUUCAUGAUCUUGAUGCACAGAUGGGACCUAUAACACUACAAAGUAGUAUGACACAGCUUGUUCGUUACACUCAACAAGGACUGCAUUGGAUCCGAAUCAGUAAUCACAUGUUGUAGUGCUCUUUUUGAAUGAUCACAUUCCAUGUACGUUCAAUUGUAAAGUGCUGAAUUGCUAGUUAAUGCAGAAAGUUUCCUGAACACAUCGAAGGAAAUUUUUGCCACAGAAUUUCAAAUCUUAAAUUCGAUACUUCUUUGAUGUUAAAGGCUUCAGUCUAUGAAUUUGUCAGGAGAUUGAAGAAACAUUGGUGCAAUUUUUUUCAGCAUUAUUUCCUUUUGUUUUCCCUUUUCAGCAGACACUGCUGUCACAUCAAGAAGUACCAAUUGCCAGCUUCUGAAUAUUACAAACUUGUGCAACAAAAGAAUCUAUUUUCACCCUGCUUGUUCAUAUGUCUUCACUGCCAACUGCUCAUGUAUUUCAAACCUUAUUUGCUUUCUCAUUUAGGUUUCUACCUUUUAAGAUACCUUAUAAAGAAAAUCUGAAAUAAUAUCAUAUUAUGUAUUCAUAUUUUAUAAGAAAAAGUAAAAAGGGUAAGUGCAAUUUAUGAUAACAAAUAACAAGUAUCUGUUAAUCAGAAGCAGACAACCAUUUAGGUUAAGAUUGUUGAUGGUGUCAAUAAUGACAGAGAUGAAAUUCCUGCUUAGAAAAAAUAAAAGCUGUCUAAGAAAUAUUGCUCAGAGCAUGUGUUGUAAUUAUGAAUGUGUGUUACGAUUACUUCAUGAUGGUUAAAAGG